CCAUAUCGAUGCUAACAGUGAACUAACUUGCAUUUAACCGAAACCAGUAAACUUGGUGGAAGUAUUUUCCAGUUGUUGGAACAACCGGUUCAAACUAUGUUAGUGUGUUGCACCCACAACAGCUGCUGUGGACUUGGGAUGUGCACUUUUCACACCGGCUUGGGCUCCAGAAUCAACUACAGCAUGUUUUCUUACGACUACUUGGGCUAUGGAGUCAGCACUGGCAAGCCUUCUGAGAAGAAUAUGUAUGCAGAUAUUGAGGCAGCCUGGGAGGUACUGAGGAACAAGUGAGUUGGAACCAUCCAAGAUAACAUUGAAGACGGGCAACUUUGUGCUUGCUUUGCUAAAAAUCUAAGCACAAAUCUUUAUCUCUUUGCUCUGCAUAAUAUCAAGAAAGUGCCCAAGGAGGUAUCCCCAGUGUUGGUGAUACAUGGUACAGAGGAUGAAGUGAUAGACGUCUCCCAUGGUUUAGCCAUGUACAAGCGCUGCCCACGUACCAUCGAGCCCCUCUGGCUUCAUAAUGACAUUGAACUCAAUGUGCAACACCUGGAGAGACUCAACCAGUUCAUUUCCUUUGAGCUUUCCACAUCCUGA